AUGAGGCAACAGCUUAACGAAAGCAUUCCAGAUAACGAUAAAGAAACACCAUUACUUAGAGUAAAGAAGCCGAAUCCUAUUGUGACAACACAAGAUUUGAUAUCUAGAAGAAGAGAGGAACUGAAUUCAUCCAGCGGAUAUACUGAAAACUUUGUCAAUGAACUAAAAUCACGGAGUCGGCAAACUCCAGUUCAGUAUACUGAACAAGAGCACUUUAGGAAUGGAGAACAUUUAAACAAACCUACUGAGAGCAUUAGCUCACGUAUGCUUAAUCAAGGCAUCUCUGAGGCUUCCAUGAUACAAGAAUUAAAAGAUCGUAAAGAACGACAGAGAAAUAUUGAAUUGAUGGAAGAUAAUUAUAUUGCUCUAGACACUGGUCAGCAGGUAUACCUUCCUGGAAAAGCUACUGAUGGAGAGCGGCUACUGCAACAUGAAGAUGAGGUACAAGAUGAAGGUUACAAUGGAUACAACGCGUACGUAGAAGACGAAAAGAGUCUCCGAGAAUUACAUCGGUUUAGUCCCGAAACGUUACGAAAAAGAUCUAUUCAAAGUGCUCUUGAGGAAAACGAAGUAUUCAUUGAUGAAGGUGAGGACGGAGCUAUGGCUGAUCCCAUUUAUGCAUGGGAGCAAGCUCAGAUUCAGAAAGGAGCAUUUACGGAUGCUUCUAGAUUAACAAAGCUACCUCCUAAGUUUCCGAAUAUACUUACCAUUGAAGAGCAAAAACAGCGUUUAAAAGAAGCUGUUGCAUCUGAAAAACUUCAACAAGAAGAGCGCGCACAAAUCAUGAAAGGCUUAUUAGAUCAAGAGAAUGAGAUUCAACAAUCAGAAGAACGAAUUAAACAGUCCUUUAUGGAGCUGAAUAAUCGCAUGCUCGAAAACCUACAAUCUUCUUCCACUUAA